AUGUACUUUAGCAACGAUUCACAGGAUGUGGAUCUUGACGAAGAUGGCUAUUCAUCAUGGUCGUGCUCUCAAGGCCAUCGAUCUUCACUGAACCUGCAAACGCCAGAAGGUGGCUCAAUUUGCCUUGUGUGCUUCUCGAACCUCGUCUCAAACCCUCUCUCACCAACCAUCCAUGUCUCCUACGCUCUCUCUCAGCUCUCUCGAUCUAUCUCUCACCCUCCUUUCCUUCACUCUAUCCUCACAUUCAACCCUCACUUCCUCGUUUCACCUCUCGUCAACGCCCUCUCCUCUUUCGACGACGAACCUAUCGCUGAACAGCUCAUCAAUCUCAUCCUCGCUCUCUCUGCUUCCGCCGAUCCUUCAGUUUGCCAUGAAUUCGUAGCUAGGGUUUCAGAUCGCCUCUCUUCUGGUGCUUUGGGUUGGAGUUCCCGUCAAUUGCACAUGCUGCACUGCCUAGGGGUUCUACUCAAUUGUGAGAAGGAUGAUGAUCUCCAUGCACACAUCAAAGAUAUGUAUAGCCUCAUUUUCAUUCUAGUUACGGGCCUUCAAUUGCCUAGUGAGGAGAUUCGUGGGGAGGUCCUUUUUGUCCUUUACAAACUAUCUGUUCUUCAGAGUACAUUAGCAGAGGGAGAUGGAAGGGAUAUGCUGAUUCCCUUUUGUCCAAAGCUCUUGUACCUAUUGGCAGACGUUCUCAUGAAGACUCAAAAUGAUGAUGUUCGCUUGAAUUGUAUUGCACUUUUGACUCUACUGGCCCGACGAAAUUUGCUCAGGGAGGAAUGUGCAUAUGAUACUUGUAACAUAUCUUCCUCUGGAGGAGUAAAUUCUAAAGAAAUUGAAGAUGGAACAAAGGGAUCAUCUCUGGUUAAUGUGUUUGCUGAAGCCAUCAAAGGCCCACUGCUUUCGUCAAACAGUCAAGUCCAAAUCGGCACUCUAGAUUUACUCUUUCAUUAUUUGUCUUCAGUUGGAACUUCAGGCAAUCAGAUUCGAGUCUUGUUGGAAGAAAACAUUGCGGAUUAUUUGUUUGAAAUAUUAAGAUUGUCAGAGUAUAAGGAUCCAGAAGUCAAGAUGUGCCUUCAUGUACUAGAUCUUUUAUCAACUGCUGAAGAAGCCUUUAAACUAAGACUUGUUGUUGGGUUUUCAACUCUGAUUCCAGUACUAAGUUACGUGGCCGAAGUUCCUUUUCACCCAGUCCAAUGCGAGACACUGAAGCUCAUUCAUGAAUGCAUUUCUGAGUGCCCUGGAGCUGUAUCAACAUCUCAACUGGAGGAACUAGUUCUAGUUUUGACAAGAAUGCUUAGAAAGCAUUCUGAUGGGGAGAUGGGUAUGAUUCCUGAGACGUUUAUAAUGGCCUGCUCAGCCUUUGUGGCUCUUAUAAGAUCUCCAUCUUGUAAUGGAGCUUUAGAUCUGUCAAAAUCAAUCGAGGAAGCAAUGAAACAUGCCAUUUUAGCUUGUCUCUAUGUCUCUGAAAGGGAUAUCAACAAAAUUUUGCAAUGCUUGUACCUACUUAAAGAGGCAUAUGCAUACAGUCAUGAUGGAGACUCCACUAACUCUAGUAAACUGGAGCUUAGAAGCUGCAUUCUAGAUAUAUGCCAAACACAUUUACUGCCUUGGGUUGUAACGUGCAUCAAUGAAAUGGAAGAGGAAAUUGUCCUGGGUUUGCUGGAAAUUUUUCAUUCGAUACUGCUUCUGCACUCUAGUGUUGAUACCAUAGAAUUUGCGGAGACCCUGAUUUCAUCCUGUUGGUUCAGUUUUUCAUAUGGAUGUCUGGGUUUGUUUACAGGACAUAGGAUGAAACAAAGAAUAUAUUUGUUACUCAGUUCACUCAUGGAUUCUCUACUGGGCAAUGAUUCUGGACAUCCAAUUAGAGAUGCUGCUUUACACCUGCCUUCUGAUCCUGUCGAUUUACUCUUUCUGCUAGGGCAAAGGAGUACUAAUAGUUUAGAUUUGCUUUCUUGUCAAUCUGCUGUUUUACUGAUUAUGUACACCAGUUCACUAUAUGAUGAAAGACUUGCAGAUGAGAAGUUGGUUUUAGCUUCUCUUGAACAAUAUAUUCUUCUUAAUAACAGUGAUUUUCACAAUCAGACCACUGAUAAUUUGACAGUGACGCGACUGGUGAAUCUUUACAGUUUGUUAAGGGGUCUUGGCAAUAUGAGCUACCAAAUUCACUACAGUCGAGAAGCUGAGGAGAUUAUAUUCCAGCUCAUAAACAAUGAUGAAUGGUAUUUACUUUCUGCAAGAAUUCACACGGUAUCUUUGAAGUGGUUGUUUAAACAAGAGAAUAUAAUCAAAUCAUUGUGUCAUCAGAUUUUGAAAUUCUGCAGAAGCUAUAACUUAGAAGGGGCUGACAAAAUUAUCGGAAACAAUAAUCAAACUAUAAAUGUACAGACACUUGCAGAAUUAGUGUCCACUGAAGAUAAUUAUGGAGCUAGACUUUUCGUAUGCUUAUUGACACAGCUUUUUGAGGAAGAAGGCCAGGAACAUGACAUAAUUUCUGUUCUGAAUCUGAUGGCAACCAUAGUUCAUGUCUGUCCAGCUGCUUCUGACCAAUUAUCUUUGUAUGGAAUAGGGUCAGCACUUAGGGCUUGGUGUUAUUUGAGUAAUACCUUCUCGACAACAACUUUCAUGUCCAUCUUGAAUUUGGUAUUUAACACUUUGAGUUCAGUGCAUCCUGAAACGCUAUCUGCUGAUCAGAGUUGGGUUGCAGUAACGAUGAAGAUGAUGGAGUACUCUAUUCCACCCCAAAAGGCUGAUACCUUAAGUUAUGAAAGUCUCUUCGUUAUUGGCAUUCUUUCCUUAAUUUUGCAUCUUUCCACCAAAAAAGCACUUGAAGAGGCUUCAAAGCCCAUUCUUUUUAAUACUUGUAUUAUCACUGUGGUCAACACUGUAGUCUGUGCAGCUUCUUCGAAAGGACCCGCUUUGGUUGAUCAUGACGAGGGAACAAGCACUGGAGAAGCUUUAAUACUUGUUCUUUUGCUACAUUUCUUUGCUGUUAAAAGUUUGCAUGCUAUCCUUCCAGGGUUUGUGGAUUGGCAAAACUUCCUUGUUUCAACGAGUCCAGCAGAGCCGUUAGCCUUCAUUGGCAUCCGUUGCCAUGACUUGUGCAAACUUCUGCAUUUUGGUUCUCCUUUGAUAAAGGUUACUGCUUCAUAUAGCCUGUUAGAGUUGUUUAACAGAAUAUCAGAACAAAUAAACAGUAAACACGAAGAGUUGAAAUGUACUGUUGGAUACUUAAUGUCGAUAAGGAGUGUACUGGAAGGACUGGUUUUUUAUAAUGACCUGAGAGUGGCUACAAAUUGUGCCCUCUGCCUGUCAAUGCUGCUGGGAUGGGAAGAGCUGGCUAAGGAAACAAAAGUAUUAGGAAAGAGCAGCUGGUGUAGAUUGAUUACAGAGGAGAUGACUGUAUCUUUGGCUGCUCCUGCUUUAGCAUCACAAUCAUGCAUCAACAGUCAAAGGCCUGCAGUACAUAUAGCUAUUGCGUUGCUGAAACUGCAUAAAAUCCCUCAGUGGAUGAGAUCCGUGUUUAAUAAUUCAUGCAUAUCUGGCAUACUGGAGAACCUUGCUGCUAGUAAUUUGAGCUCGGAGAUAUUGGUUUUAUUUCGAGAACUACUGAAAUCUGACUUUUUAAGUAGUGAGCAAAUUGCAACUAUAAAUCAAAUACUGCAGGAAUGCAGAAAGCGUAUUUACACUAACAAUGCUCAAGAAGGUUUGCCAAAUGAACCGAUAAAGAAGGUCCUCACCACACCAUGUGAUCUGGGAGACGUUUGUCGGUAUCUUAUAGAUUUAAUUUCUUCAGAGACAUAUUUAGAUAUGGUUUCCUGGGGAUUUCAUAUGGGCAGUAACAGACUCUUAGAAGAAAUAGAGCUGUUUUUCAGUACCUUGACAGUAGAUGAUGAUAGUUGAAGAUAGCUUCAGUGUUUAUCUAAUCCAUUGGACUCUUGGAUCU